UGCAGUUGAGUGGUGGUGAAAAACAACGUAUUGCAUUAGCUCGUGCUCUUGUCAAGCAACCUACAUUUCUUUUAUUGGAUGAAGCAACAAGUGCACUUGAUAAUAUUAGCGAAAAAAUUGUUCAAGACGCUCUUGAUCGAGCAUGCAAAGGUCGUACAACAAUUGUUAUUGCUCAUCGUUUGAGUACAAUUCAAAAUGCUGAUCAAAUAUAUGUAUUAGAUAAUGGAAGUGUGAUUGAGCAAGGUACACAUGAAACAUUGAUGGCAAAAGAAGGAGGCAAAUAUCAAUCAAUGGUCAAACGUCAACAAAUGGAAAGAUUCGAUGAUGAUAAAGAUGAUAUGAUCAGCAUAGAAAAAGCAACAAAAGAAGAGGAAAAAUCUAUGUGUAUGUUAAUAUUCUAA